UUUCUUUUUAACUCCCUUUCUGCGCUGCUGCGUCUGCAAGAGGAACACAAAAUGUCUUUUAUUCCUGUCCAGGAGGAGUCUGACUUCCCCAUCCAGAAUCUGCCUUACGGGGUCUUUUCCACCAAGGAGAAGCCCAGGCCUAGGAUUGGAGUUGCUAUUGGCGACCAGGUGCUUGACCUCAGUGCUGUUAAGCAUCUCAUCGAUGGGCCUACCCUUUCGAAGCACCAGCAUGUCUUUGAUCAGCCAACCCUUAACCCUUUCAUGGCACUGGGCUGGGAAGCAUGGAAGGAAGCCAGAGCUUUUCUCCAAAAGCUGCUGUCUGCCACAGAGCCGAUGCUGAGAGAUAACGCAGAAUUACGCAAAAGAGCUUUUGUCCCUCAGUCUUCUGCACUAAUGCAUCUUCCCGCUGAAAUUGGAGAUUACACGGAUUUCUAUUCCUCCCGGCAACACGCUACAAAUGUUGGGGUGAUGUUCAGAGGAAAGGAGAAUGCUUUGAUGCCCAACUGGUUGCACUUGCCGGUUGGAUACCACGGACGUGCCUCUUCUGUCGUCGUAUCUGGGACGCCAGUCCGUAGGCCAGUGGGGCAAAUACGACCUGAUGAGACAAAACCUCCAGUGUUUGGAGCAUGCAAACUUUUGGAUAUUGAAUUAGAAAUGGCAUUCUUUGUUGGCCCUGGAAACAAACUUGGAGAGCCGGUUCCCAUCAGAGAAGCUCACAAAUUCAUCUUUGGGAUGGUCCUCAUGAAUGACUGGAGCGCCCGUGACAUUCAGAAAUGGGAAUAUGUUCCCUUGGGCCCAUUUCUGGGCAAGAGCUUUGGCACCACCAUCUCCCCGUGGGUGGUUACUAUGGAAGCUCUGAUGCCUUUUGUCUUGCCAAAUCCCAUCCAGGAUCCCAGACCGCUGCCCUACCUCUGUGAUGAUCAGCCUUACACUUUUGACAUAAACCUCUUUGUUGGUAUUAAAGGAGAUGGGAUGAGCAAGCCAGCUAAUAUUUGCCGCUCAAACUUUAAGUACAUGUAUUGGACCAUGAAGCAGCAACUGGCUCACCACACGAUCAACGGCUGCAACCUCAGACCUGGAGACCUGUUAGCUUCCGGAACCAUCAGUGGACCUGAUCCCGAGAGCUUUGCUUCCAUGUUGGAACUGUCCUGGAAAGGGACAAAAGCAAUCGACCUUGGGAAUGGCCAGUCCCGAAAAUUUCUACAGGAUGGGGAUGAAGUCAUUAUAACAGGCUACUGCCAGGGAGAUGGUUACCGCGUUGGCUUUGGCAAAUGUUCUGGAAAAGUGCUCCCAGCCAGACUGAUCUGAUGCUGUUCUUCAGAGGACAUCCCAGGGAGGAACAGAGGAUGGAGGACUCUUAAUGUUCUCUCUUCCAGUUUGUGAUAUGUCUGAUCUUGCCUUGUAAUCAGCCAAGUCCUACUCAGAGUAUACCCAUUGAAAUGAAUGAACCGACGUUAAUCAUGUCUAUUAACUUCAGUGGGUCUACUCUGAGAAACACCAGCAUUGAAUACCAUCCCUUGUUGUUCAUGGGCAAAUAAUAUUGGAAAAGAACAUUAUUAGGUGGUAUCUCUCCAUAUUAAAUGUUUAAAAUGGUGUGUGUUUUAAAUAUAUAAAUAUAUGAGCUAUUGA